ACGAAACCUAAAUAAAGAGGAGGAAACUUAAACCUAAACGACUUCCCUGGUUCAACACACUGCGCUUCGGAGAUUACGAGGCACUGAGCUGUCGGAGGUUCUCUGCGCUUUUAUCUUUGAAAGUGUCCAUCAUCAGUCACCAUGAGCACCCUGAACCAGCAGUACGAGGAGAAGGUGCGUCCCUGCAUCGACCUGAUCGACUCCCUGCGCUCCCUGGGAGUGGAGAAGGACCUGGCGCUGCCUGCCAUCGCCGUCAUCGGAGACCAGAGCUCGGGGAAGAGCUCCGUGCUGGAGGCGCUGUCGGGGGUGGCUCUGCCCAGAGGAAGCGGCAUUGUUACAAGAUGUCCUCUCGAACUGAAAAUGAAAAGACGGAAAGAAGGACAGGAGUGGUAUGGAAAAAUAAGCUACCAAGAACAUGAAGAAGAGAUUGAUGACCCAGCAACUGUGGAGAAGAAAAUUAGAGAAGCCCAGGAUGAAAUGGCUGGGGUUGGGGUGGGCAUUAGCGAUGACCUUAUCAGUCUGGAGAUCGCCUCCCCUGAUGUUCCAGACCUGACACUCAUCGACCUGCCCGGUAUCGCCAGGGUGGCUGUGAAGGGACAGCCGGAGAACAUCGGAGACCAAAUAAAAAGACUGAUACAGAAGUUUAUCACCAAACAAGAAACAAUCAGCUUGGUGGUGGUUCCAUCCAAUGUGGACAUUGCAACUACAGAAGCCUUGAAGAUGGCACAGCAGGUGGAUCCUGAAGGAGAGAGGACUCUGGGUAUCUUGACCAAGCCUGACCUGGUGGAUAAAGGCACAGAAGAGACAGUAGUUGAAAUUGUCCACAAUGAGGUCAUCCAACUAAACAAGGGCUACAUGAUCGUCAAGUGCAGGGGUCAGAAAGAGAUCACAGAGAAGGUGUCCCUCACCGAAGCUACAGAAAGAGAGAAAGACUUCUUCAAAAAUCAUGCAUUUUUCCACACUCUCUACGAUGAAGGGCAUGCAACUGUUCCUAAUCUGGCUGAGAAACUCACUCUUGAGCUUGUGCAUCACAUUGAGAAAUCUCUGCCCAGGCUGGAAGAGCAGAUAGAGGAGAAACUAAAGCAGACUCAGGCAGAGCUGGACCGAUAUGGCAAUGGGCCCCCAUCUGAUCCAGGAGCGAGACUCCUCUUCUUUAUUGAUAAAGUGACAGAGUUCACUCAGGAUGCCAUCAGUCUCACAACAGGGGAGGAACUCAAGUGUGGAGAGAGACUCAACGUCUUUUCUGUGCUCAGAAGAGAGUUUGGGAAAUGGAAUGCCCACCUGGACCACUCAGGGGAAAGCUUUAACAAGAAAAUUGAAAGAGAGGUGCACGACUAUGAAGAGAAGUACAGAGGAAGAGAACUGCCGGGCUUCAUCAACUACAAAACCUUCGAGGUGAUGGUCAAGGAGCAGGUCAAACAGCUGGAGGAACCGGCUAUCGGGAAACUGAAGGACAUAGGAGAUGCUGUUAAAAAGGUGUUUAUACAGCUGGCCCAGAUAAGCUUCAUUGGAUAUCCUAACCUCAUGAAAGCAGUCAAGGCAAAAAUUGAAGCCAUCAAGCAAGAAAAAGAGGCCGCUGCUGAAUCCAUGCUGAGAACUCAGUUCAAAAUGGAGCUGCUUGUUUACUCCCAGGACAGGACCUACAGCAACAGCCUGAGUGAGAGCAAGAAGGAGGAAGAAGAGCAGGAAGGUGUUUCUCUCAAUUCAACAAGCAGCAUUGUAUAUUCCAGAGAUAAUUACGCCACACUUCAGGAGUUGAUGGUGCAUCUUAAAUCGUACUACAAAAUUGCUGGCAUGCGUCUGGCUGACCAGAUACCGCUGGUCAUUCGCUAUGAGAUGCUUCAACAGUCCGCCAUCCAGCUGCAAAGGGAGAUGCUGCAGAUGAUUCAGGACAAGGAAAGUAUUGAGUUCCUGCUGAAAGAGGACUUUGACAUCGGCACCAAGAGGGCUACGUUGCAAAGUCGCCUCAAGCGCCUCCUGCAGGCUCGUACGUACCUGGUGGAGUUCUAAAAGAAAAAGCCUAGCAGCAGGAGCCUGCAGCAACUCUAUUAUACAAUCUAAUGUUGUUGUAGUUGUAGGACUUUUAUUACUCCUAGUGUGUCCAACAUAGACUGUAGAUCUGCUUUAAUGGUAGCAGUCAGGUCACAACAAUGCAAGUCUAUGUCAGACCACUAGUUUUUGACUUUCUGCACUGUACCCUACUCUGAAAUGCACUUCUUUGGUAAAA